AGACCCACAGAAGAUUCUCAACAGCACUUGGACCCACAGAAAUCUCCGAAUAGCUUCACUUCUCGAAGUGUCAGGUUACGGCCUGGACCGAAGGCGAUAGUACAGAGUGAAGGGGAGAAAUAGGCGUGUCCCCCUGGUGGUCACCUGGUGGUCACUGGUGGUCACUUGGUGAUGGCAGGUAGGGGUGUCCACAGUAGUUCAUUGAUCUCUGCCCUCUCUAUCUUCCUCCGUCUCGACUCCUUACUUAUAGCCAGCCGAGGUUCUCUCUUGGAUUCUGGAUGUUUGCUUCCGUAUGUCUGUGUUCCUCCGACUUCGGCCAAUAUCUUGGAUAGCGGCUCCUUAUCUGCAACCAAGCGAUUCCCUAUCCGCUGCAAACGGCUUCAACGGCUUUCAUUCGCCACAAGCGGCUCUCUAGCCACCACAAACGGCUUCCUUCCUGGUGGAAGCCGGCCCGCCUCGGAUGACACUUGUGGCUCUGACGCGAAGAUUCCUGAAAUGACGAGACGGGAGGACAGAAGGAUAAAAGGGAGAAGGGUUCACCACACUGAAUGUAUCUAAUGUUUUUUCUCUUCAUAGAUGGAUAGUACUCGUAGAGUAGGCUAGGCUAAUUGCAU